AAACAGAGCCCAGGCUUUGCCGUAUAACACACAAACAGUAUGCACAUCGCCCACAGCCUUGCCACCCAGGUUUCCGGAGAUAAUCUACUACCUAAUCUAGUUCUAGUUCUAGUUUCUGUGUCGAUUGCAGUAGGGCACUACGAGCGGGUUGGAGGGGGGAACAUGCAGGAGCAUGGAGAAGAGUGGACUUUUUUUUUCGGUCCCUUGACGGCCAGUUGAUUCGCGUGCAUUGCAAACAGAAUAUGGUCAUGGUCGUGGAUGUGGAGCGACAAGUGGUUUAGCAUGCGCUACCAUGGGGAGAAUUUUUUUUUUUUUUCCUUUUCUCAAAUAAAACCUCCAGUCCCUUCCCGGGGCUCGCCGGUUGCCAGCGUGCUUCUUCAACAAGAAAAAAAAAAGUCUGCGACCAAAGAAACGUACAGGGAUGCUGUCGACGGCAGCUUUCGAUCCAUUGGCAAUGGCCACGACUCUGGUCACCGCCCAGAACCUGCUGGGCCUUGCGGUACUGUGGAUUGUGUACCAAGUCCUCAAGGCCCUCUAUAAUGUUUCGCCGUUUCAUCCAUUGGCUCAUAUUCCGGGGCCAAAGCUCGCCGCAGCGACGUACCUGCCCGAGUUCUACCACGACGUGGUCCUUUUUGGUCGAUACACGCAUGAGAUCAGGGACAUGCACCGCAAAUAUGGGCCCAUUGUCCGCAUCAACCCGAACGAGAUGCAUUGUAACGACGUCAACUUUUCCGACGAUAUUUAUGCUGUGGGUGGCCGGAAGCGGGAUAAGCCGCAGCAUCAAAUUAACGGUGCAGUUCUUGGAAAAUCCGGCUUCGGCACUCGCGAUCAUGACCUGCACCGCACCCGGAGGAUACCCCUGGCCAAAUUCUUCUCGCGGGCCAUGAUAACCAGAUUGGAGGGCGACAUGCACGAGCUCGUCCAGAAGCUUUGCGACAAGCUGCUUGCCGAGUCGGGCAAAAAGGAGCCCGUCGACGUCACCGUGGCCUAUAGCUGCUUCACCUCGGAUGCCAUUUCCGGCUACUGCUUUGGAGAGAGUUUUGGGUUUUUGGAGCAGCAAGGGUGGUAUCCCAACUUUCGCGAUCCCACGGCCGCCACGCUGAGGAUCGCCUUUUUGCUCCGCUUCUUCCCUUGGUGCAAAUAUUUCAUGGUGGUUGGCCACUGGCUGGUCGACUUUUUGCCCACCGACAUAGCCCUCCUCAUCCAGACCAUGCAGAUCGACAUGCCGAUCCGGGUGGUCAAGACAAAAACCGACAUGGACUCUGGGAUCCAGUACAAACGCCCAACCGUGUUUGGGUCUCUGCUGCAUUCGGAACUGGACCCGUCCGAAAAGGAGCCGCAGCGGUUGGCCGACGAGGCCGGGGCCGUGAUCGGGGCCGGUACCGAAACCGCCAGCUGGGCGCUCGCCGUCAUCACCUUUCAUCUGCUGUCCAAGCCUCACCUGCUGGAAAAGCUACAAGCCGAGCUGCGCCAGGUCGUCGACGGCAGCAACAACGACAACAGCCCCAAGAGCCUCCCUCCCUGGUCCGUGUUGGAAACCCUGCCGUACAUGAACGGCGUCAUCCAGGAGGGCCUGCGUCUUUCGUACGGCGUGUCGGGGCGGACGGCUCGCGUUGCGACGCACGAGGACCUGGUGUACCGUGGCACCUUUGGCGGGAACCCGGUCGAAUACGUGAUCCCCCGCGGCUACGCCGUCGGCAUGUCGGCCGCCGUCACGCACCACGACGAAAACGCAUACCCCGACUCGUACGAGUUCAUCCCUGAACGGUGGAUGGACGGGCACAGCAAGAAACGGGAUGCCGAGCGCGCCAGUCUGGCUUUUUCCAAGGGGAGCAGGUCUUGUCCUGGCAAGAGUCUGGCUCUUGCCGAAAUGAACCUGGCCUUGGCGGCACUCGCCUUGCGUGUGCUUCCCCACGCUACUCUGUACGAGACGACUUAUGACGAUGUGCUGUAUGAUCAUGACAUGUUUAUCCCCAGGACCAGGAAGGAGAGCAAGGGUGUUAGGGUCAAGAUCAACUGAGUCGUGCUUGGUGGCGAUGAACAAGUAGCUAGAGUCAAGAAUGGGAUUUUUAUAUGUCUUGCUCUCCGGCCAUGACCUUUCAUGUCAAAAGGAUGCUCAUCUACAGGCAUAUGAGUGACCAAGAUUGGGUAGAAGUGUCUCAACUAACUUGAAAUGCUGACGGAGACUCGUGCAUCGGUAGACAUUGGGAAAACAUUAUCAAAGCACCAGCUCUAAGCCUUCACCGCCGAGGUGAAGAUGGUGCUUACUAUUGUGCAUAACGUUCAUAAACUUUGGCCCUCGGUCAAGUUAAUCAAAUGUAGAUAGGCCA